GACAUGGCGUUCAUUUCGAAAGACUUCCGAUCACCUGGAGAGGCCUGGGUGAAGACAGACGAGGGCUGGGAGCGCCUAAAGGUGCUCGAGUGCGGCGGCAAACGCAAGCGGCACAACUCGGAGGGGAGCAGCUACCAGAUGCUGGACAGCGACAGCCAGGAGGAGGAGGAGGGUGCCAUCAUGCCACCCCACUAUCACAUCACGAUCCGUUGCACCCGGGAGAUCGCCGGCUUCAACGGACUGAGCGAGGCGGUGAAGCGCCUGGACUUCCGGCGAUCGGUGCGCGAUCGGAAGCGCUUCCACUACAUCUGUGCGUUCCUGCUGCUUGUCUCCAACAAGGGCAUCGCCAGUCUGCCGGGCAGUGCGCAGCGGCAGCUGCUCCAGAUGGUCGAGGAGGUGGCCUCGCAUGUCAAUGAUAGUCAGCAGCAUCCGAAUGUGCUGCGUGGGCUAGCGCUGAAGCUUGAACAGAUCGUCAACCAGGAGAACCAGAAGUGCUGGGGCAAGCCGCUGGGCAGCACCUGCCUCUGGAAGGAGCACGUGGCCACGAUCAAGCGCAUCCAGCGCGUGGCCAGCCAGAUCGAGAUUCGAGAGCCCGAUCCAAAGGCCAAGCCCAAGCUGCACGAGCUGCCGGAGGAGUGCGUGCGCGAGAUCAUUUUGUGCAUUGCCGAUCAUCGCGAUCUGGAGUCGGCCGCCAAGGCCUGGGACACCAUGGCCAAGCUGGUGUCGGAGCAGCGCAUCUGGCGAGAGCUGACUCGCUUUCACUUCAACCAGCGGCAGAUCCACACCAUCCUGGACCUGGACAAGUUCAAGCAGAUGGGCGAGAUCAAAGACUGGAAGCAGAUCUACCACCAGCUGCGACGCACGUAUGGGGUCAACGAUGACUACCAGUUCGCCGAGGUGCUGGCCCUGUGCCGCUCCUGCUGCUGCCUCUUCUGGCCCUCCGACGGACAUCCCUGCAUUGUCGACCAGAGCCCAGACUACAAGCAGCGCCUGGAGGAGGCGGGCGGUCAGUUGGCGCUGGCCCAGCCAGUGCCUCCGGCCCAGUUUUUAAAGUAUUUCUCAUUGUAAGCGACAUUCUAAGGGGGGUAUAUGCGGUGCAGUUAGGGUGCGGUGGAACACUGACCAAGGGAGAGAGAGUAAGAGAUAGCUUGAGAUAUUUUUAUGGAGUGAGGGGAAGGCCCGGCACGGCCCGGCCCGGCCGUAGGGAUCGAUAAUUGUAAUUGGAACCCCACAGAUGAGUUGUUGUUGGCUGCGUAUGAAAGUUUUUAUGUGCGUGUUAAAGUUUUAACCCUGGAAAGAGCAGCAGGAGCAGAAGGAGGAUGUGGAUGUGGAUGCGGAUGCGAAGGCGGAGGCGGAAAGAAAGCAAAGUGAUACAGAAAAUCCCUAAUCUAGAACUACUUGGAAUAUUCAUCCCUUCAGCUUCGUUUCGAUUGGCAGCAGGUUCAGUUCUUCAGCGAAUCUCCAACCCAUCAGUCGUUAUCAUGGAGGGAGUGUGUCCCAGUGUGUCCCAGGAUCGCGGAGUGCUAUAUGGUAGAACUUUUUAUGACACGCCAAAUUAACUGCCACAAACGCGAGAUUAUAUUUUCCAAAAAAGAAGCAAAACGAAGCCAAGCCAAGCCAAGAAGCGAGUACUAAUAUUGAGAGACUAUUUUUUAAAUACCAAUACGCCAGCGUGCAAUACGAGUAUAAUAAUUGCGAAAAUCUGUUCAUUUUAAGCCAGCGAAAUAUGUACACAUUUUCGUAUGAAUUUUGAUCGAUCUACUUUAGGGUUUAUUGUAAGUGUAUGUAGUUUCUUUUAACAGCUGCUUUUUGGUGCUAAAUCUUGUUAUAAGUUCCAAUCAAUCAAAUCAAAUCAAAUCAACCAACCAAACAAUCAAAUCAGCCUAGAUUCCCCAAAACCAAUUCGUUACCGAUUUGUAGUUGCCGCGCGUUGAAUUAGGAGGAAUUAGAGAUGAGGGAAAAUCAUGUGAUGUUGCAAGGAAGCAAAGCUAGAAACGAAUACACCUACCUAAACGAUAAAAAACAAAACAAAACAAAUCUCCAAGCGAUAUGCCGUCAGCAAUGCUA